AUGUCGCCAGUCGCGGCUCCAAAUAAUAUAUCCACCGAUGGUACAUCGGCUCACCGAGGCCAGGAAGCUCAACCUGUUGAUAUAGUAGUCGGUGUGAAUGGCGACUCAUCCAUUAUACUACCUUCGGGUACAUCGACGGCUGUAGAGCCCUUGAACGAUGGUCAGGCUGAUUACAUGUUUCUUCCCGGCCGGUGCGCUGCAACACACACUAACGCUCUGCCAAUAGACAUUCCGUAUACCUCUGGAAGUCACGCGUACUAUGAUGGCCGCGUCAAAAACGGUGUCCCUGCCAAACUGCAGAAUGUUGAUCACGGUAAAAAUGGCAACUUUGCCGUCAUGCAUAUGGGAGUAUUGAAUCUUGCUUCGGCCGAACGGCUUGCCGCAGCGAGACGAACGAGUGAGGGCACUGCAGCUGCUUCCAGGUUAUUUAACCAAGCCGGUUACAAGUCACUACGGCAAUUAAAGCAAAAUGGGCCAGCUGUAGAAUCGCAACAGCAAGAGUUGAUACCGAAUGCUGCGCGCAAGGAGAGGACCAGAGGCAAGUCACAACCUGGCCAUGGGUUUGCCCAGAGAACGACUUCACUAUCGCCCCAUGAGACAAAGACGGAGCAAGCUCGACUUCUGACUCUGCUGAGGUCGUUGAACCCUGUCAUGGUUGUCGACCAGCUUUGCAGAGGACUCGCAUAUUUUGGAGGCAUACCUGGGGCUCCUCCUCCGGCAGAUGAUAGUGCCUUCCCGCAGAGUAACGCCGCAAAUGGUUCUGGCCAUUACUUUGUUGGCUGGCUCGCUGAAAUCUUUCCAAACGUGGAUGCCUCAACAGCUCCUCAGCCGAGCGUACCCGACACGUCUCCGCCAGGGAACCCUCCAGCGGCGACUGCCUCUACUUGGAUGUCCGCGUCUCCCCCGGCUUCAAAGUCCGCCACUAGGGUGCCCGUGGCUUCUACAGUACAAACGGAUUCCGCGUCGACGAAAGGAGGCGCAGUUGUUCCAGGAAAGAGGAAAAGAGGCAGGCCAAAGGGGAGUAAAAGCUCCAAGGUCCGCGCAGAUAAAGGCAAAAGGCACAUAUCGAAGGCACUCAAAUAUAGUGUGCCACUUGUCAUACCGGCUGUCGCUGAAAAUGAGAGUGCAGCUGAAGGUGACAGUAUGGAGGCGGAUGUUCCAGUAACGAGCGACAACUCCGCUACGCCCGUGCUUCCUGAUGAUCCUAAUACACAAUCGAAUGCUCCCAAGAGCACCCCAGUGGCUAAAAAGAGGGGUCGGCCAAAGGGUUCCAAAAACCGACCAAAGACCAACAUCAAUGAUGAGAAUCAGACGGCACCGCAUACCAGUGACUUAAUACAUGCACAGACUAAAGCGACUCCUACCCCUCCAUCUGGCACUGCAAAUGCCGAGAAUAUUAUUCCUAACAAUGACUAUUCGGCGCAAGCGCGGCUUGCAGGAGACAACCUAGGCCGACAUCAUGCAGAGUCUAGCCCCAAUCAGCCGGACAUGUCAAUCCAACAACCCAUCGCCGCCAGCGCAAGCAACAGCUCGCCAAGAAAGAGAAACGCCACACAGCAAAGUCAGGUGGAUGUUCUAGGAAACAAUAAUCAAGUUGCUCCUUCGUCUCAGGCGUCCCAGGGGACGAAGCGUCAACGCAUAUCAAACGGAAGCGUUCCAAAUACCAGCUCUGGAUCACAGCCUGGAUUCCUAUCAGGCAGUUUCGACUCACAGACCCAGGCCAAUGGUUCUGGAGUUGAAGGAAUGGGACUGGGGCCACAUGCUACCCAGACAUCACGACUUGGACAUUUCUACAUAGCUACCUCUCCACAACAGCAACAGCUAGAGUCGCCAACCCUGAGCCAUGCCAUACCAAGACAACAAACAAGCCAUCCAUUUGCGUCUCAGCGUAUAAAUGCGGCGGCACAGAACUACUAUAACCAACACAGCCUGCAGCAAACCUCUCAUCACAUGACAUCGAUUAGCCCCUCCGGAGGCAGCUUUAGUCAGGCCAUAGCUGGCAAUGCCGAUGUGCCCGUAUCUCAAGAUCAGGCUAAACAACAACCAGCCGGGCCACAAACUGGAGGGAGAGAGCAAGGCUACUUAAGCAACCACAACCGACCACCCGGAGCUCAAUCAUCCGCUAAUACCGCCCUGGGCGUCUAUUCUGCUUUUAACACUCAAGGCUUCAUGUAG